AUGGCUUCACUCCAUGCGCAAACAGUCAUUGUCUAUCUCAUCACCCUGAUUUCAAUCCACACAGUUAUCUCCAAGCUACGUGCUUAUUACCGCGGACGACGGUUUAGUCGGCAACAUGGCUGCCUCCCUCCGAUAAAGGCGCCGAUCCGAGACCCUAUCAUGGGUAUCGACAACACGCUCAGCAACAUGCGAGCAAUUCGCGAGCACCGCAGCCUGAAGCAUUUUGAAGACCGAUUCUACUCCAUAGGCGAAACCUAUAGCACUAAGCUCCUCUUUGGCGUUCCUAUCGUUAUCACCAUGGACCCGGAAAACAUCAAGGCUAUUCUUAACACCAACUUCAACGACUUCGCCCUUGCGCCUUUCCGGGAGCCAGCGCUGGGGCACCUCCUUGGCGAUGGCAUCUUUGUGACAGAUAGCGAGAAGUGGCGGUCUUCGAGGGCGCUGCUAAGGCCCAACUUUGCGCGUGAACAGGUCGCUGACCUGGAUAUGCUGGAGGCUCACGUCCAAACGUUGUUUAAACUGCUCCCGCAGGAUGGAGUCACGCCCAUCGACCUGCAAGAGAACUUCUUCCGCUUCACGCUCGACACGGCCACCGAGUUCCUCUUCGGUCAAUGCGUCCACAGCCAAAGCCGGCAUCUUAACAAAAGUCAGGGCACGGAUAGUCUGGAAGCCCAGUUCGAGAACUCGAUGUUCAUUGUGCAAAAAGAAGCCGCAAAUAUCAUCGGGCUCGGUCCCCUUGCAAGGAUUGCGCGCAUCAAGUCGCAAAAGCACGUGGAUAUUGUGUUCCGUUACGUUGACCGGUUAGUCGAGAGGGCUCUCGCGUUCCGCAAAAGCUACGAUGAAGCUGGGCAAGAGAACAAUGUCACGGGAGAGAAGACAAAGUAUUUCUUCCUGCAGGAACUGGCAAAGCAGACAACUGAUAAAAUACGGAUGCGUCAUGAGGUGUUAAAUAUGCUCUUGGCUGGGCGAGACACUACGGCCAGUGUUCUCGGGAAUCUCUUCUUCAUGUUAGGAAAGAAUCCUGAUGUGUUGUCCAAGCUGAGUCGCGAGGUCGAUGGUUUGAACGGUGAAUUGCCGUCGUAUUCAUCUUUGAGGGAUAUGCCAUAUCUCAGGGCGUGCCUGCGCGAAUCGCUACGACUUCAUCCUCCAGUUCCGGCCAGCACACGCAUCGCUACUACUGAUACAUUCCUCCCGAGGGGCGGUGGUCCCGACGGGAAAAGUCCUGUAUACGUGGCCAAAGGUAGCUGCGCAGGGUGGUCUAUCUGGGCUCUGCACCGGAGAAAGGAUAUUUAUGGGCCAGAUGCAGAUCAAUUUCGCCCAGAGCGUUGGGAGAACCUUCGAGUCACUUGGGAGUAUCUCCCGUUCAACGGCGGUCCACGCAUAUGCCUUGGCCAGCAGUAUGCUUUGACCGAGAUCUCCUACCUCACAGUCAGACUUUUGCAAAAGUUUUCAAAGUUAGAAGGCUUAGACCCGGGGGAGUGGCAGGAACAACUUGGCCUGACUGCUUGUAACAGACUGGGGUGUCGAAUGAUACUUACACCUAGGACUUCCUAG